AUCUACUUGAAUACAAUGUUGGACGAUGAUGGUGAAGAUGCGGUUACCAUGGCAACGAAGGAGAAGGUGGACGAUGUCAUCAGGACGGGAAAUUUAUUGCGGAUUUUACGGAGCGUGCGAGCGAGGACUUAUUGGGGCUGGGUAGUCACUGUUGCCUCGUCGAUCAUGUUCGUCGUCUCAUACGGCUUCUUAUAUUCGUUCGGCAUCAUCAUGGUCGAUCUGAUGAGCGAAUUUGACAGCUCGGCUACUGACACUGGAUAUAUCGGAGCAAUGGCGUACGGGCUGAGCUCGUUGUCAUGCCUCGUCACCGUUCCUUUGGCUGUCAGGGUCGGCUACCAGUUCAUUUCCAUGUUGGGACUAAUCUCCUGCGUCAUCAGUUGCAUUGUGACGUCAUUUGCUCCCGACCUCUCCCUCAUGUACUUCUCUCAUGGUUUCCUCUACGGCAUCGGAGCGAGCUUGAUGAUGACUGGCGGUAUCAACAUCACACAGAGCUACUUUACUGGAAAGCAUAACUCACUAGCAAUCGCUAUAUCUUCGGCUGGUUCGAAUAUAGGAGUUCUCGCCAUGAAUCCAUUCGUCUACACUCUUUCUGCCCGAUUUGGAUGGCGCACCAUGUUCAGAAUCAUAUCUGCUGUCUUAGUCAUAGUUUGCGUCCCGGCCAUUCUUACAUUCGCGCCUGCGCCCCUGCAAAAUGCGGAGGACGUCGAGGCCGAGAAGUUAGAGGAGAAAUCUGUAGUUCUUUGCAAAAACAGCAAGAUGUUCGUCGAAGUUAAAGACGGGAACAAGAGCGACAAACAAACUUUUGAAAGAACAUGUUGUGAGGAAGAAACAACCUCUGUUUGCCGUUCAACGGGAUCAAGAAAAAAGGCAGAGGAUGACAGGACCGUGUCAAAGUCGGAUUGGAAGUCUAUCGGAGGACAUGACACAACCCUGCAUCGAUAUAGCUUCAGAAACAGGAUCAGAGAUGAAGAACAAUCAAACUUACUCGUGGCAGAUGGAACAAAUUCUGAUAUUAUCCCUUACCACGAAAGUAAUAGCAUUUGGGCAGUUUCCUCAAAGCACAAGUGUAGUGAUGAGUCUUACAAAGUGCCCCAUGUAAACGUAAUCGUGCCACAAUUCGAGUCUUCUUUGGAUGAUGGUGCAAAUGAAAGUGACUCAAGGCCAACAGACACCAAGUCUUCAACCUCAAAUGAUGCUCCAGAGGUCCAGAGGAACACGUACUGCAGUAGAUUGAUCCGCUUACUUCGGAUGCCUGACAUGUGGUUUCUAGAGAUGGGCAUGAUGACAACUUCUGUAGCUUUAUCAUUUUUUAUGUUUAGCACGGCCAAUGUGAUUGUGACUGCCGGGUUCUCGAAGAAGACGGCUAGUCUUGUGAUGGCGGUGGUGGGCUUCUCCGAGGCCCUCGGCAAGAUCGUCAUUGGCUUAGUAGCCGAUCGUCUACGUAUACCCAUACCAAAAAUCUUUAUCCUAAUGGCAGCCAUGUGUGGGGGCCUUGCUUAUGGUGAUAAUGUUGUUGGUCGUACCUACCGAACCAUAUCUCUUCAUUCAUGCUAUCGUGCAAGGGUUCUUUGUCUUGGCGUCUGCAGACUCUCUUCCUCAUUCAGUUGGCAAUCAGCUCUUCAGUCCUGAGUUCGGCGUUCAGAUCUGGGCAGCAAACAUGGUCUUCAUGGGUGUGGGUGGUAUAGUAGCAGCAGUAUUCGGAGAGAGUGUAGACAAGACAGGAUCAUACAGUGCGGCCUUCUAUGCUACCAUAGGAAUAUCCGUUGUAUCCAUCUUGUGUUUUGGUCUCUGUAUCGUCCACCAAAGGUUUUUCGCAAAGGAACGCUUCUUCGUCUUCACAAAUGUUGGCAAACGGUACGCUAAGAUCCAACGAAUUAAUGAUAAGAAUCAGGAACACUGCCAAAAUCUGCAAGAUUGUAGAGGAAUAAUAUUGCAUUCUUCUCAUCGCCUUGUUGUUACUGAAUGUGUUUCAAAUGUAUGAAUUUGCAAAAUCGUGCAGGGACAGUUUUUUUUUUAAAGAAAAGAAAU